UUCCCAACCCUCUCUGGACACUUAACAUGCACCCUCGGACCACACUCAAUUAUCCUAUUCCAACGUCCCACUCCCAGAGCAAAAUGUGCAGCAGCUCAUCUCCUUCCCUUUUACUCCUCUACCUCCUCCACCUCCCUACCCUCAUUCUCGCCGCUUCUCCCUUUCCAUACCACUCUAAUAAAAUCCACAUUCCCCUCGGUGGUGUCAAACCUUCAGGCGACGCCCUCGGCGAAUCGAAGCGUUUCGAGGGAUCCUCCGAUCUCGUCAACCUCCGAUACCACAUGGGUCCCGUUCUGUCUUCCUCAAUAAAGCUUUACCUGAUCUGGUACGGCCGGUGGGCUCCUUCUCAACAAUCCACUAUCCGCGACUUCCUCCUCUCGAUCUCCGACUCCACCUCUCCAUCCCCUUCCGUCUCGGAAUGGUGGUCGACCAUCUCCCUCUACGCGGACCAAACCGGUGCCAAUGUCACUCGAUCGCUCACCAUUGCAGGCGAAUCGUCCAACCCCUCCCUUACCCGCGGCACUUCACUCACCCGGCUCUCCAUACAGCAAGUAAUCUCCGAUGCCAUCCUAUCCGGUCUCCCAGUAGACCACCGCAACGGCGUCUACUUGGUCUUCACCGCCUCCGGCAUUGAAAUGCAGGAUUUCUGUCGCGCGGUAUGUGGCUUCCAUUAUUUCACCUUCCCUUCCAUGGUUGGCCACACAUUGCCAUACGCCUGGAUCGGCUAUAGCGGUCGCCAGUGCCCGGAUGUUUGCGCCUACCCAUUCGCCGUUCCGGCUUACAUGGGGCGGGCAACGGCGGCGAUGCGGCCACCGAAUGGCGAUGUUGCGGUUGAUGGAAUGGUGAGUGUGAUCGCACAUGAGCUCGCUGAGCUGUCGACCAAUCCGCUUGUGAAUGCCUGGUACGCUGGCGAUGAUCCAACCGCGCCGACAGAGAUCGGCGAUCUUUGCGAGGGGGUCUAUGGAAGUGGCGGCGGCGG